AUGGCGGUAUCGGACGGCAAGGAAAUGUUUCUCAGUGCUCAUGAUGUCUCAGGAAUAGAGAAAACUGGUGAGAACAUUUCUGCCAUACUCUUGAAAGAAAUCGAAGAGAUUGGGCUUUCAAAUGUCGUACAAGUACUCACCGACAAUAUGGCAAAUUGCAAACUGGCUGGAGAAAUCAUAGAAGAAAAAUAUCCCCAUAUUUUUUGGUCAGGAUGUUUAGCGCACACGCUAAUUUUAUUGACGAAGGACAUAGCAAAAUCCAAGGAACCAGCCAUUUCAUUUGUGAAAGAAACAUAUACAAAAGACAAGGAUAUUGUGAAGUUUGUGAGGAAUCAUUCUCAAUGUCUUGCUUUAUUUAAGAAGUUUUCUCCUUUAGAAGUUCUCAAAUCAAAAAAGACACGGUUUGGAUUUCAUUUCGUCGUGUUGUCCCGGAUUGUUGAGGUAAGAGCUUCUUUGAUUUCCAUGGUAUUAUCGGAAGAAUGGAAGGAGCUUAAGAAACCUGCAAAUGCAGAAGAACAUGCAAAAAUCACCUCAAUUGUCAUGGAUGGGAAUUUUUGGAGUAAUGCGGAGAAGGUGUUGCGAAUAACGAAGCCGAUAUAUAUAAUGCUUAGAUUUUCAGAUUCCGACAAGGCCGUUAUAGGAGAAGCAUAUGAGCAAAUGGAUAUGAUGUUGGUAAAAUUACAAGACAUACUUGCAGAUGAUAUAAUGAUUCAAGAUAUUAUUCAGCAAAUUGUGGUUCAGAGAUGGAGUAAAACGAACAUUCCGUUGCACUGUUUAGCUUGUUUGCUUGUCCCUAAGUAUUACACGAAUGCAUGGCUAAGGAAACCAGCUCCCGGUGGCGUCAGUAGGAAGAAGCCUAACUUUGACCAAGAAGUUCAGGAUGGGUAUUUACCUACUAUAGAUAAGAUGUUUCCAAUGCCGGAAGAAGCUGCGAUUAUACGGCAUCAGAUCAAUGAUUUUGUGAGUAAUGGAGGUUGUUUCGCGCGCCCACAAGCUAUAGCGGAUAGGGAAAAUAUGAGUGUAAAACAGUGGUGA